AUGACCGACAGUUACGUUUCGAACGUCGUGAAGGUGACAGAGCAUCAAACGUCCACUGCUAUUGAUAUGUUGAGGAGUAAACACGUCCUCAGCGCGUCCAUCAUGACUCGCUUGAUAGCCUUCAUACCGAUGUAUUCGGCAAACGCGGCGUACAAUGCGCUAAGCAACGUGAUUUAUAUUCCUCCAGGCUUAAUGGUCCGGCCAAUUUUCACUGAUGGCGGAGCACCUGCAUUGAACUACGGUGCGCUGGGCGGGAUACUGACACACGAAAUUAUGCACGGCUUCGACAAUACUGGAAAAAAAUACGACGGUACAGGAAAAAGAACAGGCUGGUUUUCUGAAGCCAGUAACCGAGCGUACGCUAACCUCAUUGAGUGUCACAACGUCAGCAUCGAGAACGCCCCAAAGGCAAGACACUACGCGGAUUACCCGGCCGAGUACCUAGCGGAUACGAUGGGCAGAGGGUCAAUACUGAAGGUGUACAGGAAAGCUUUUAAAAAAUCGCCUGUGAGUCUGGGACAACUGAAGGGGUUGACGAGUGACCAGCUCUUCUACGUGGCUUGGUGCCUGAUGUGGUGUGGAGAGCCUCUUCCAGAUAAGACUCAUCCUCGCUCUGACGAAAGGUGCAAUGUUCCUCUCAUGAGUUCUGAACACUUUGGCGAAGUGUUUAACUGUCCUCCGGAAUCGCCAAUGAAUCCGAAGAAAAAAUGUCCCUUUUGGAGAACGCUUCUCUGA